AUGGCUGAAGUCGCUGGGCUCGCACUAGGCGUCGUAGGUGUCGCUGGUCUUAUCGGCGCUUUUAAGGACACGAUCGAUGUUUUCAAUACCGUUGUAGAUAUGCGUCAUAUGGGCCGUCAGUACCAAGUUCUCGAUAUCAAGCUAGAUAUUGAAAAGGCCCUUCUCCUCCAGUGGGCAGAUCGGGUCAAGCUUCUUCAACCUAAUCACGACGUGCGACUCGAUGAACCGAGUACCCAGACUCUUGUUUUGCGUAUUCUUAGUUCUAUUCGAUCGAUUUUGACGGACACGAACCAGUUACAACAACGAUAUGGGUUGCGACGGGAAAAUGACACUGAGACGCCGACCCUGCCUCCCAUCUCAACUUCAAUGAGUCUUGGGCCGGACCUUUCAGAGCUACCGCCCGAACUACUCACCGGGUCUCUUCCGCUACAACAUGCUACUUCCGGCCAAAGACGAGAUUCAUCGCAAUCUGGCUGGAGGUUCAGUCAGCAUCGGAUGAAGAGCUUUAUGAGACGGCUCGAGGCACUCCCAGUUGCGGUACAAGGCCAGGCAACUACAACAUCUGUUGCCCAAAAGACACGUUGGGUCAUCAGGGACAAAGAGAAAUUUGAGGUUCUUGUCCAAGAUCUUGCGGAGCUGACAGCCAAGCUCGAUCAAGUGGUUCCUCCAGAGAGUUCCGAAACAGCUUGCUCGAUGAUCCAGAGUGAUAUCGAGCUCAUCAAGAAGGAUGUGCGACAGCUGUUGUUGUUCCAGGAAGCGGCAGGAAACCAUGCAGCUAUUGCUCAAUCAACAGAGCAGAAUCUGGAUAGAAUGCGUCAGGCUCGCAUCCUGAACACGCUGUGGUUCAGGAUGAUAAACGACAGGUCCGAAAGCAUCUCGAGAAAUCACCGAGAUACACUUCAAUGGGCAAUCGAAGAAAUACUUGAACGAGAGUCCAGCCUGCGGGAUAAGGAUCUGACCACCCAUGAUGAUAUCACUUUACCUUCGGUAGCGGAGACCCGGCAAGCGUUUGAAGUUAUCUCCGCAAACAGCGACAGGAUAGGACACAUUUGCUUCUUCAUCGACGGGCUUGAUGAACUUGUUGGGGAGUACGCUGAUAGUAUCGACUUUAUUAGCAACCUGGCUCGGAACAAACAGUCCAAAGUCAUAGUGUCCAGUAGACCUAUUCCAUCUUGCGUCGCCGCCUACCGAAAGUACCCCCAUAUGAGGCUGCAAGAACUUACGCGACGGGACAUACAAGCAUAUGUUGAGUUCAAAGUCGGGGACCACCCCUCAAUGAAACGACACAUGAGACGCUAUCCCACAGAGUCAGCCUCUUUGAUGAGUGAACUUGUUGAUAAGUCUUGUGGAGUCUGGCUCUGGAUAAUACUCGCUUGUCGAUCUAUCUGUGGAGGCUUUGAUGACCAUGAUCGCCUUGCAGAGAUUCGUCGUCGCGUGGACGAACUCCCUCCAGAACUUAAAGACAUGUUCAUGCAUAUGCUUAGCAAGAUUCACAGACGGCAUCAAGAACAAGGAGCUCGGUUGCUCAAGAUCUGCUACACAUAUCAGAAGACCAAGUCGCCCUUCCUUCAGAAAGGCUUAUACGCGCUAGGCCUUGCCCUCGUGGAUGACUAUAAUGCGCAGCCCGUGUGCAUUGAGCCUCUUGACGCUGAGGACAAGCUGGAGAUAUGUGAAGAACUUGAAGGUCGGCUGAGGAGUCGAUGCUGGGGAUUACUAGAGUUUGCGAACUCCAAGGGUGCAACCUCGGGUGGUGCCAUAACAGAGGCAAAGGUCAUGUUCAUGCACCGAACAGUCUUUGAGUUUCUGAGCGAUGAGAAUUCAUGGAAGCUCGACUGUCUGCAGAUAAAAGACGCUGAAUUUGAAUCAGCUACAGCGUUAUCACUAUACGGUGUACAUAUGGCUGUCCAGAAGCAUUGUGAGGAUAAUCAAGUCGCGGCCAUGGAUCUCUUCGAGGAGGGACUCUGGUGGGGAGCUGAAGCCGACAAGCAGAGACCCGCUGACAGUAACAACUGCCUGUUCCAUCUUUCGCCCUUUAUUUCACUUUUAUCAGAAUGGAGAGGCUCAUGCCUUACACUUAAGAGACUUGCAAAGGCAUCAAACUCUGGUAAGGUGUGCAACCCUUCAUAUACGAAUAAUUGUCCACCUAUCGCAUUACUACUCGCCGUUGAGGCGGGUGCAAUGAACUUUGUUAAGACCCAUUCCAGCUUCACAGCAUCAGUUCAUGACUGUCAACGUGGAUGCAAGCCCCUUCUAUACCAUGCCCUCAGAAAACAAUUUCUCAGUGGCAAAUUUAACGAUCAGCCAGCAGACUCACGUUUCAGCUCCUCUCACAUGGUUGAGAUGCUGCUUCUAUCGGGCUGUGAAGCCACCAGUCUCGUUUCAAUUAGUGGAUGGGAGACAAGUCUUUGGUCCUUGUGGUUGGAGGAGCUGACGAGGCUUACGGCUUAUGAUCUGAACGAAGAUGAGAAGGCUACUCUAGCUAAUAUCUCCAAGAUGUUUCGCACAGCAAAUGAGUUGAGGCCAGAAGGGUUUGAUGAUGCGAUUAUUGAUUGGCCUGGUGUUGCGUACUAG